CUGCAUCAUGGCUUCUUCUUCUAGCACUUACCGACUGAGCUGUUCGAUUCCAGGCCAUGAAAUGGAUGUUAGAGGCCUCGCAGCGGCGAUGUUUCCAGAAGGAUCUUUUGUUUCAGUGUCCAGAGACAGAACUGCCCGAGUUUGGGUUCCAAAUACAAGUGAAAACCAGAGCUUCACGGAGAUGCACUGCAUGAAUGGACACACAAAUUUUGUGUCAUGUGUGUGUAUCAUCGCCCCCAAUGAAACAUACCCUCGAGGCCUAAUAGCGACCGGUGGCAACGACAACAUCAUCUGUAUUUUCUCCUUGGAUCGCCCGGACCCCAUCUUCCUUCUGAAGGGACACAAAAACACAGUGUGUUCACUCUCAUCUGGGAAGUUUGGGACUUUAUUAAGCGGAUCGUGGGACACAACAGCCAAAGUGUGGCUCGGUGACAAGUGUAUGAUGACCUUACAGGGGCACACUGCUGCAGUAUGGGCUGUGGUCAUUUUGCCAGAGCAGGGUCUCAUGCUGACUGGAUCAGCUGACAAAACCAUUAGGCUCUGGAAAGCUGGAUGCUGUGAGAAAACAUAUACAGGUCAUGAGGACUGUGUCAGAGGAUUAGCUGUGAUAAAUGAUGAGGAGUUUUUCUCCUGUAGCAACGAUGCCAGUAUAAGACGAUGGAAGGUGACAGGAGAGUGCGUUCAAGUGUAUUACAGUCACACUAACUACGUCUAUAGUCUGACUGUACUCCCAAAUGGACAAGACUUUGUAAGCACAGGAGAGGACAGGACUGUCCGUAUCUGGAAAAAGGGUGAAUGUGCUCAGACUAUCCGUCUUCCUACCCAGUCAGUCUGGUGCUGUUGUGUCCUGCCUAAUGGAGACAUUGUUGUUGGAGCAAGUGACGGCAUGAUCCGUGUGUUCACUGAGAGCGAGGAGCGUGUAGCAAGUUCUCAGGACCAGCAAGCCUUUGAAGAUGAGCUUUCCAAAGCCACCAUUGAUCCCAAGACUGGAGACCUGGGAGACAUUAAGAUGGAAGAUUUACCAGGCAAAGAACAUUUGAAUGAGCCAGGGACUCGGGAUGGGCAGACUCGACUCAUAAAGAAAGGCGCUAAUGUGGAGGCAUACCAGUGGAGUACGAGUGACGCCCGCUGGGUUAAAAUUGGAGAUGUGGUAGGAGGCUCCUCUAAGCAAAACUCCCAGAGAGUAAUGUAUGAGGGCAAGGAGUAUGAUUUUGUAUUUACGAUUGAUGUGAAUGAGGGCGGGCCCUCUAUGAAGCUGCCCUUUAACAUGACUGACGACCCCUGGUUGGUGGCCCACAACUUCCUGCAGAAGAAUGACCUGAACCCCAUGUUCUUGGACCAAGUGGCUAACUUCAUCAUCGAAAACACAAAGGGACACACACUCGGCCCAUCGCCAGCUUCCGCUACGGAUCCCUUUACAGGUGCUGGUCGGUAUAUUCCUGGGGGAGCAGAUUCACAACAACCUUUUGGAGCAGAUCCCUUCACAGGUGCUGGAAGAUACAUACCUGAAUCAGGACCCACAGUUUCAGGCUCUACAGGUAUAGCUGAUCCCUUCACAGGUGGUAGCGCCUAUGCUUCUGCAGCUGUCCAGAAUUCAGUCACGAACAUUUACUUUCCAAAAACAGAUGGGGUUAUGUUCGAGCAGGCCAAUACUACACAGAUCAUUGGUAAGCUGCGAGAGCUGAAUGUUAACGCACCUGAAGACCACAGGCUGAGUGAUGAGAUGUUAGGGAACAUGGAGAAACUGCUGCUCACUGUUUCAGCCACAAAGAGCCAGGAUCAGCCUACAGCAGAGCAAAUCAGCAUCCUCUGGAGGACGUGCCACUGGCCUGAAGACAUCGUCUUCCCUGUACUGGACAUUCUACGCCUGGCUGUGCGCCAUCCUGAAAUCAACGCCCAGCUGUGUGGCGGGACGGAAGGUGCCAGCCUUUGUAACCACCUCCUGGGCCUUAUGUCUCCACAGGGCCGAGCGGCCAAUCAGAUGCUGGCUUUGCGCACUUUUUGUAACUGUUUCUCUGGAUCUCACGGGCGCGCUCUGUUACUGGGACAGUGGGAAGCGGUGCUUUCUCAGGCCGUCGAGCUGCGCACCUUGUGUAAUAAAAACAUCCACGUGGCUCUGGCCACUCUGGUGCUGAACUAUGCUGCUGUGCUGCACGGUCAAAAAGGAGAGAUCGAAGCCAAAGCUCAUUGCUUAUCAGUGGCUAGCAGUACAAUAGAAGUAGUGCAGGACAAGGAGGCAGUGUUCAGGCUGCUGGUGGCGCUGGGAACUACAGUAGCCGGGGACGGAACAGCCAAAGAUUUGGCACGAUCGCUGGGUGUGGCCUCACAGAUUACAAAGUACGCCAGCGUUUCCGAUCCAGCUAAAGUGGGCGAGUGCUGUCGGCUGCUGCUGGAUGAACUGAAGUGACGUCACACAUAAACCGGACUGCUACUCUUAUGUGAUUCGCUUACACUGCGGAUACACAGCACUUAAUUAUUUCUGUUUAACUGAGUCUGCUUUCUGAUGAUGACUUGAUGAGAAAGGAAUGGAUGCAUGAUAUGAAUAAACACUGAUGUAUAGUAAUGUUUCCUAAUGCGGUGUCAUGUGAUCGUUAUCAAAUCUGAACCAGUAUGAACAAUCGAUGAAUAUUUUUUCUAAUCAGCUUCUUUUAGAGAAAAUAAUAUGGCACAUGUAUGUCAUGCAAAAAGCUUUUGUUAUGUUUUAUCAGUGUGAUUAGCAACAAACUCAGGCACGGUUUAAGCCGCUUAUACUGGAGCAGGGUCAUUCUUACAUGUCAGCCUUUCGACCUAAGGUGACAUAAAGCUCACUUGACUGUU